AAGAAAAUCGUGCAAGCCCAGCUGCCACUUCCAAUCGCGGCGUGCCCAGACCUCAGGGAGGAACAUGGCAGCAGCUCAGGGAGCAGGGAGCAGUUCAGCCGGACCAUCCGGACUCCCUGGUUCUGCCCCAGGGCACAGCAGCAACUCCACGACAGUGGCAGUGUGGGAAUGGCAGGAUGAAUUUGGCAACUGGAGGCCGUACCGAGGGAAUGUCUGUAGCUACAUUGAACAGGUUUUUCAGGCCUCUCAGCAGAAGGGCCGGCGUUCAGGAUCAGGGCUUGUCAGCAGCAUCCCUUUGGGACAGGCGGAUCCUGUCUUGGCUCCCUACGUUAUCGACAUCCCCAGCUUGAUGCAGUUCCGGCAGGAUACAGGGACGAUGCGGGCUGUCCGCAGGCACCUCUUCCCUGGGGACUCCGCUGCCGGGCAGGGCAUCGUCUGGGAGUGGCAGAACGACGAAGGCGGGUGGUCCCCCUACGAGAUGAACGUCUGCGUGUUCCUGGAGCAAGCCCGUGCCACAAACCACCAGCGAGUAGAUCUCGGACCCUUGGGCUACAACUACGAAGUUGACUUUGUGUCUCAAAUCCAGACCAACAAGACCACAGGGUUCCGCCGCAGCGUUCAGAGGCGCUUGGACGCCCCGUACCCGGUGACGACCUCCCCAGCGCCCCUUCACACCGGGGUGGCUUGUUCCUGCCAACAGUGCUGGCUAAACAGUGGGACUGGUCCCAUCACCACACGUUACCGGCACUCCAUGAUAAACUUUCCCAGCUCUUCCAUUACUCAUCAGGUUUCUGGUAGAACAUCAUCAAUAAGUUCUUCCAGCGUCAGCUUCAUGCCCUAUAACAAACCACCUUUGUCUGGAGCAAGGUCAACAGCAAGACUCAAUGCACAGAGCACCUGGGCUUUGCCUCAAGCUGGGGGCCCCAGCACAGGACUGUCUGCAUCUAACAAAGUCAGCACUCCAGACCUGACAAUCAAGAUGUCCAAACCCAGCAAGCUGAACCAGGCCCUGGCAGGCAUGACGGCUAUUCUGAUGUCAGCCGCUGGACUCCCCGUGCACCUCACCUAUGUGCCGCAAGCUGCCAGAACCCAUAAAGCCACUAAAAAACACAGCUCAGUUAAGGAGGGGAGGAAAGUGUCCAAGAAAGGCUGGUGGAAGAGCUUGACAGCCUCUGUGACGGGCCUGAUGACCGCAACACCAACAGACCCAGAAGCAGUGGUGAAGAAGUACCUGGAAGAGCUGAAGGGCACUCCUACCGAUGAGGACUGUAUCAUCUGCAUGGAGAAACUGUCCUCCCCCUCCAGUUACAGCGACGAAUACGACAACAGCACAAUCAAGCCAGAGACAGUCGGUCGUUUGACAAACUGCCAGCACUCCUUCCACAUGCUCUGCAUGCUGGCCAUGUACUCCAGAGGGAACAAGGACGGGAGUUUGCAGUGCCCCUCUUGUAAAACCAUCUACGGAGAGAAAACCGGUACUCAGCCCAAAGGGAAGAUGGAGGUCUUCACUUUCCCCCAGUCCCUCCCUGGCCACAAGGACUGUGGGACAAUCCAGAUUGUGUAUCACAUCAGCAGAGGCAUCCAGGGCCCCGAGCACCCCAACCCCGGGAUGCCAUACACAGCAAGAGACUUUCCUCGCUACUGCUACCUACCAGACAACGAGAAGGGCAGAAAGGUCCUGGAGCUCCUGAGGGUGGCUUGGAAGAGACGCCUCAUUUUCACAGUGGGCACCUCCAACACCACCGGCGAGAGCAAUACGGUGGUGUGGAACGAGAUCCACCACAAAACAGAGAUGGACACAAACCUGAGUGGCCACGGCUACCCUGACCCCAACUACCUGGACAACGUGCUGGCGGAGCUGGCCGCGCAGGGGGUCACCGAGGACUGCCUGAGACAAUGAGCUGGGGUGGGGGCCCGGCUGUGCCGUGCACGUCUCGGGGGCCCACCUAGUGCACUUAAUUCCUGUUGCCUUAAGUUCCUGUGUCUGACCGCCCGUCACACUGAGCAAUAACACUGUCCUGUG